AUGGCACUGCUGGAAGCUUUCGUGGCCAAAGAGGUCCUGGAGGCCUUCUGCAUCCUGGGAAUCGUCGUGACCAGCGUAGUGGGAGCACUCCGGGCCUACGUUCGCAUUGCGAAGCAAGGACGACUCCAUGAAGACGACCUGGCCCUGUUCUUUGGGCUGGCACUGUAUAUCACGCUUUGCGCAUUGUACAUUGCAGACAUCCCAUACCUGUACUCGGUCAUGGGCUGGCUAUCAGGACACACUCAACUGAGCCAGAAGAUUGUGGCCGAUUACACUCAAAUGAUGAGGUACAACUAUGCGGUGACGAUGUUUUUCUGGGCAGUACUCUGGUCGGUCAAAAUCAGCUUGCUGCUCUUCUUUCGACGGGUGAUCCUCAACACCAACUUCAUCCGGGCAUGGUGGGUCAUCUUGGCGUUCACCAUCUUGACCUUCAUCGGCUGCGUGAUAUCCCAGUUCACCUCUUGCGACUCAAUCCACGACUUCACCAGGCUUGGAGCAUGUUCAUCGCCACGCAAUCAGAGGGCACAGAUCAUCAGCCUUUACUACUCCUUUGCGGUUGAUGUCUUGACUGAUAUCCUGAUCAUGGCUUUCCCCCUUCGCAUCCUCAUGACUUUGAAGAUGUCAGUCAGAGACAAGUGGGUCCUAGCUUGUCUAUUCAGCGUCACCAUCAUUGCUAUCGUUGUGUCCAUUCUUCGUGUCUUCUUCAUCUAUGCAAAGACGGGCAACAGUACUCCCAGCCCACCUUGGCUAGGCUUUUGGGCUGUCGUCGAAUGCAUGGUUUCCAUUAUCGUUGGAUGCAUUCCUGCCAUAUCCCAAAUCUUCCGGACAUCAGGCCCGAACUCCUCACAGUACUACAAAAGUGGCAGUGGCAGUGGUAGCGGGAGCCGAUCGAACCCUCGGCAGCGUAGCUACGACCCGGGUGUAUACUCAGGAUCAGGUUCAGCAAAGACAACUGUCGAGACUUCAGCCAAAGGCUCCCCGUCUUCUGAGAGCUCACGGGAGCUGCAUCCGGGUCCGCAUCGAAUACAGUCUCGAACUGAAAUUAUCAUAACCGACGAGGACGCUGACUAUGACGAUCUGGAGUUGCGUGAGCUUUACCAUGGCAGGAGAAGAGGCACAGCGACCUGA